UCUCAUGUUAUGGACAGUAGCCUCAAAAAAUAAUUUCCGAAUAUUUAAAAGAACAAGCGUGUUUUAUCGGCGUUUAUUGGCACAAAGGUGACGAUUUAAAGGCUAGUGAUGCAAGGCCACCUCUGUGCUAAUAGAGCUGUGUGUUGAAUUUUGUGUGUUUGAACAGUCUAACUUACCGUCCUGCCAAUUUUCGGGUGAUUUUUAUAAGUUUUAUGAGUAUUAUUGGACAUGGCAAUGGAGUUUAAAUUAUCUCAAAAGCUGGAAGUUGAUUUAAAAACUGUCGACUAAUUUGCCCAGGUUUGGCUGGAUCCAUUUCCAGUCGCAGCCAUGGCAUGCUGCCCCUUGUGCCCCAGGCUGUGCUCCCGCUCAUCAGCCUACACUCUUGCUCUCGGGCUAGGCUUUGUAACACUGGGGACCAGCCGCAUCCUACUUCUGAAAAUGUCUGCCAAUGCCGAAAACAAGUAUGACUUCCUCCCAGCAUCUGUAAAUCUGCUUGCCGAGGCUCUUAAACUGCUCUUCUGUCUGGUCAUGUCAGUCAGGGUCAUAGUCCGAGAGGGCCGAUCAUGCAGAGAUUUGGGUUGUGCCUCCAGCUCUUCCUUCCUCAGCUCCCUGAAGUGGGCCGUCCCUGCUUUCCUUUACUUUCUUGACAACCUCAUCAUCUUCUAUGUUAUGAGCUACCUGCAGCCCGCUAUGGCAGUGUUGUUCUCCAACUUUGUCAUCCUGACCACAGCUGUGCUCUUUAGAAUAGUUUUGAAGAGGCGCCUGUCUUGGGUUCAGUGGGCAGCGUUGGUUAUUCUCUUCCUGUCCAUCGUUUCCUUGACAACAGGAUCAGGAGGCAAGCAAAACUCAAUAGCUGUUCCCAGUCUUCACUCAAACCCACUUUCUAGCCCCUCCAACUCUUGCCUACUCUACACCCAGCUUCUGGAGGAGAUGAAGAACAGCAGUAUAUCAUGGGCAUCAACCCUGCCCGGCCAGGCCUGGAGGGACAAAGUAGUAUCGAAGCUUCAAUCUCUGGGUGUGGGUCACAUCCUGCUCAUCCUCCAGUGCUUCAUCUCUGCCAUGGCCAACAUAUACAAUGAGAAGAUUCUCAAAGAAGGAGAGCAGCUCACUGAAAGCAUCUUCAUACAGAACAGUAAACUGUAUGCCUUUGGUGUGGUGUUUAAUGGUCUGACUCUUGGGCUCAACAGCGAGGCACGAGGUCUCACCAUGCACUGUGGCCUCCUACAUGGACAUAACAUUUAUUCCCUGGGCUUGGUGCUGGUCACUGCUGCCCUGGGCUUAUCCGUGGCCUUCAUCUUAAAAUUCAGAGACAACAUGUUCCAUGUGCUGACUGGCCAGAUCACUACUGUUCUGGUCACAGGCCUCUCCCUCUUCCUCUUUGACUUCCACCCUUCGCUGGACUUCUUCUUCCAGGCACCCACUGUCCUGCUGGCCAUCUUUAUCUACAAUGCCAGCUGGCACAAGGACCUGGAAUAUAGCCUGCAGCGAGAGAAACUACGGGUCAUCAACGGGGAGGUGUUUGAGAGGUCAAGAGGGGACGGUGAGGAGCUCGAGCUCCUGACAAAGGCAAAUGCAGACAGUGAAUCUGAUGAAGAGUCCUUGUAGUAAUGAUAGCGCUAGUAGUAUCCAGAGGAUACUCUGCAUCUUUCCUGCUGCUGGUGUCGAACUGCACAAUUGACUGGAUGGAACAUGGUCACAGAUUGUCUGUGAAAGCAUUUAUUUGAACAGUGAUAAGCAGGUAAACGGUGAAAGAUACUGUUGCUAGAUUAUAUGAUAGACUCCUAGAAUUAAAAACAAACAAGGUGUUUAAUAACAGAAUUAGCAAAAUCUGUAUAUUUUGGAAACGUGCCUGUCUGUGGAUGACUGCUGUCAUUCAUAUGGGGGAAAGUACCAGCAACGCUGUUUGUUGGAAAAUAAGUGAUAAGUGAUACUUUUGGAUUCAUUAUGGAUUUCUUUUAUGGACAGUGUAUUUCUUUACAUGAUUCCUGUUGUACAUGCUGCCAUCUGACUGCUUGCUGGUGCUGGACGUCUAAGGACCAGAAACUGCAGUUUCAAGAUUGUUUUGAUAAUAGAUGUCCAACGCACCCCCCCCCAAAUCUCAGCCUUCAUGAAACUCCACUCUUGUCCAUCAGCCUUGUUUCCACUCCGUUCUGCAGUCAUGAAUGGAUGUAGGAGCUCCUUUAACUGUCUGGACAUUUGCAGCUCAAAUCAUUUCACAUGGUGAUGAAUAGAACCACAAAGAAGACGCAGAGUUUUCAUCAAGGUGGAUAAAAGAAAUUGUCUUUUAUUUGGUGAUCUCAAUUCUGGAAUCACAAAAGAAGAAACUCAACCAAAAGGAAAAAAGGAACAGAGGCAACUAUUAAGUCCAAAGUAAAAGGGGAAAGAAAGAAAAUACCACUCACAUUACUACGAGAGGCAAAAAAAAAGUUGUUUUUCAUUGUUGAAAAAAGGAAAGCAGAGCUGCAGCUUUUUAUAGGACCUCAAAUUUCCCCCAAAACAAUAGGAGGCUUGCUAAAAUUUAGUACACCCGACAUUAGGUGGAAACAAAAAAUAUAAAUGAAUGUUUUAUACAUCUGGCACCUGGACUAUUAUUUUCAUUGGACUAUUGGUGUUUAUUUUCUGAGCCAGAAUAAGUGGUAUUGAUAUAAUUGCCACUAAUGCCUGACUUUCUGUCAGCACCACAAACUCCCUGCUUCUCUUACUUGGGGCUUGAAUAUUUUCUUGUUAAACUGUAAAAUAACAUUGUCUAAAGAUUGUUGUUUGUGCCAUUAAAAUCCUCACGUGUGAAUGCAUUUUCUUGUAAAAUAAAUGGCAAGUUGUUUUACUUCUGUGCAAGUAAUGCAAUUUAAUACAAUCGCUGAUGUCUUGUCAUAAA